UCCCCCGCCGCACCUGGGCAGCGGGCCGCGCCGGCUGCCGGCAGUCGGCGGCGCGGGGCCUGCUAGCGGGCGCGGCGGCGGCGGCGGCGGCGGCGGCGGCGGCGCGGGCUCGCUCCCCCCGUGCGGCACGGGCUGCGCCCGGGCGUCGCCUGCCCGCGGACACGGCGCUCGCCGGCCGGCGCUGCGCACCGCGCUGCUGCGCGGCGGCACGGAGCGGCACCGCGGCGGCGCCUGCCUCGGCGCGGAGGAGACUUGGCGGCGGUCUUGCUUCUCGUCCUUCCCGCUGGAGCCGGUAGCCUCUCCCUCGAGCCGACCCUCCUUUAAAAAAAAAAGAGCGAGCGAGAGAGAGAGAGAGAGAGGGAGGAAAAAAAGAGCAGCUGGAGUUUCUCCUCAGCUCGUUUUGACUUUUGUGGACGUGGAUCAUCUGGAGUGGGAAGGGAAGGCGCGCCGCCUCGCUCGCCCCUCUCCCACCCCCUCUCCCCUGCAGCCGCCCGGGCUGCCGGCUCUCCCCCGAGGCGGACGGGAACUUUUAUUUGCAGCUCGCAGCCCGUGGCGGAUGGUGGGACUCUCCGGCCCUCUGCAGCCCACUGGAGAAAAUACAGAAACUCUGCAGAAAGCAGGGGCUAGCAGUCAGACUCUGCCAGGCGUGCAUGGCCAUCACUGUGCCACCAAAGCAGCUGCCUCACCAUUGCCAUUGGUCUCAGCCCUUGUCCCAUCUUGAACUGUUUCCUGCUCGGUUCUUCAACUGAACAAGAGGGAUAGAGAUUACUUCUGUCCAGAAUAACCUGCAGCUGGAUGGUAGCUUUCUUCUGCUGAGGCAGUACAUUAACCUGAACUUGAGCAAGCAGAAGGAGGAUCUGAAUUCGUGUCUUUUACUUCCAGAAUGAAGCUUCUAACCAAAAGUCUGUUAAAUGAAACCAAGGAUCACCUCUUUCACCUUGCCUAGCUGUGUCUUAAAACAAGCUGGUUCUAUUUACCAGCUUUUUGAAGGUGAAGGUAUGGGCACCUUUUCUGGAGGAGGGAUGGGGCAGUGGAUAUUGUGUCUCCUAAUUGCUAAGGCUCUUGAAAGGCAGGAAUGAAGCAUCCUGUCUCCACUAUUUCCCUCAUCCAUAAAGUUAGCAUACUGAACGAGCGAAUACCUAAAACUUACCUCAUCUUUUCUGGCAUGGGCUGUCUACCUCAUGGGAGGAUAUAGAGAAGAUGGACCCUGACUAUUCGUGGAGGUGUACAGUGAUAAGAUGUGAGACAACAGACACAAGCAGUGGAACGUGGAAAAUCCCAUAUAGAUAUCAGGAAGAAAUUCUUCACCAUGAGAGUGGUCAAACAUUGAAACAGGAUGUUCCAAAAGGUGGCGAUAUCUCCAUAUUUGAAGACACUAAAAAAUGCUGUUGGACAACCAACCCCCUGGCAGCCUGAUCUAAGUGGACUUGCUCUGAAGCUGCAGGGGUUGGACGAUCUCUUGAGGUCUCUUCAACUUAGAUUCUUCUGCAUUCCUGCUUGAUAUAUUAGCUGUUUUGGAUCCCCAUUCUGAGAUCGCACUGAGAAGCAUUCCACAAUGCCAGACUCACCUGUGGAUGUGAAGACACAAUCCAGGCUGACGCCUCCGACCAUGCCACCUCCUCCCACUACCCAAGGAGCUCCACGAACCAGUUCAUUCACGCCCACAACAUUAACCAAUGGCACUAGCCAUUCACCAACAGCGUUAAAUGGAGCUCCAUCUCCUCCUAAUGGCUUUAGCAAUGGGCCAUCCUCUUCCUCUUCCUCUUCUCUGGCUAACCAGCAGUUACCGCCAGCUUGUGGAGCUAGGCAACUCAGCAAACUGAAGAGAUUUCUUACAACCUUACAGCAGUUUGGCAAUGACAUUUCACCAGAGAUUGGGGAGAGAGUGCGUACCCUUGUGCUAGGACUUGUGAAUUCUACUUUGACAAUUGAAGAAUUUCAUUCCAAACUGCAAGAAGCUACUAACUUCCCACUGCGACCUUUUGUCAUCCCAUUUUUAAAGGCCAAUCUGCCCCUGCUCCAGCGGGAGCUGCUGCACUGUGCAAGGCUAGCCAAGCAGAACCCAGCCCAGUACCUCGCUCAGCAUGAACAGCUGCUUCUGGAUGCCAGCACCACCUCACCUGUUGACUCCUCAGAGCUGCUUCUCGAUGUGAACGAAAACGGGAAGAGGCGAACUCCAGACAGAACCAAAGAAAACGGCUUUGACAGAGAGCCUUUGCACUCAGAGCAUCCAAGCAAGCGGCCCUGCACUAUUAGCCCAGGCCAGCGGUACAGUCCAAAUAAUGGCUUAUCUUAUCAGCCCAAUGGUCUGCCUCAUCCCACCCCACCUCCACCUCAGCAUUAUCGUUUGGAUGAUAUGGCCAUUGCCCACCACUACAGGGACUCAUACAGACACCCCAACCACAGGGACCUCAGGGACAGAAACAGACCUAUGGGGUUGCAUGGCACACGUCAAGAAGAAAUGAUUGAUCACAGGCUAACAGACAGAGAAUGGGCAGAA